AUGCCAAAACACCACAAAACGACAACAGACGAAAGUGAUGAGAUUGAAGAUGUCGAAACGUCGUCUCAUGUUGUCAAGACCAAAGUGUUAACAAUGAGUCGAAUGCAGUCGAUAUUAACAAAAGUUCAAGCGUUAUCACAUUACUCACAUUAUAUAACGGAAUUAACUGAAGAUUAUAAUACCAACAAAGACAAAUUUGACACCGUUUAUAAAGGGGUGGUAGGACAACUUUUAAAACUCAAAUUAAAGUCAAAACCGGUGUUAAAGGUACUCAACUUUCUAGUUGAAUUGGCCGUUGCUCCCGACUCCCCUCUCACCGAGUACACUUUGAAACUUCAUUCACAAUUAACUGCAGCCGCUGAUGUCAUUGUUCGACAGCGAUCCAUUUAUAUUGUCAUGCGCGUCUUAAACUCGUUGCCCGACAACUUCACGUUACCCGAAGAUUUACACGACGAAGUCCAACAGCAACUCGUCGAACGACUCAAAGACAAGUCCGCGGACGUUCGAGUGUACUCCGCACUGUCACUGAAAAGGUUCCACACAAGACAACUGGCGGAGUCUUUGUCGGACCCAAGAGCACAAGUAGUGGUCGCCGCACUACAGUCGAUUGCGAUUGAUGAGACUACCAUAGUCCCUAUUAUUAGACUAACUGGCGAUAUGAGAAACACUGUCAGGGAAUACGCGUUUAAAACAGUUCAAAAUAUCCCGAUUAGUAGUAUCACAAUCACUUCGUUGUGUUAUAUAUUACUCCACGGGUUGUGCGAGGACAACACUAAGUGUAAGUCGGCGUUCGAGGAACUUGUCGUGUUUUGGGUGAAACAACUGGGGUAUGAAGAGUUCUUAGUCAAAAUAUCGGAGGCUACGAUCCCCGCGUUACCUCCAGGGGAAGCUGACAAUCGGUCGGAUUUCGAAAGGUAUAGCUCUAUGAUAUUAAAUUGUGUUGAUUUAGUUUCUCGAUUGUGUGAGGGGGUUGCUGGUGUUGAAUUAAGUGGGAGUGACAGUGAAGUGAUAGUGAGAAGUGCUGUACUGAUUCAAGCGUAUAACAAAGAUCCGACCAUCGAAAUGCCCGACUCGAAAGUAAUAAUCAAAGCGUUUGAGAAUAGAGGGGAGCUCUGUUUAUAUUUUCUUUUGGAACUUUUGGACUGCGUGAAUUGCGAAACGUUCAAUGUGUUGGAAGUUGUGAGAAACAAAAGGAAGGAGGUAGUCGAAGUGGGUUGUCGAGUGUUGGUACGUAUUGAUGAGUCUGAUCACUUCGGUCAAAUAUGUGAUGAACUCAAGUUGAUAGAGGAAGACGCGCAGAACGUGUUAUUACACAGCUACUACAUCAUUUGUAUCGAAAAGAAUUACAUCUUACCAGAACAAUUUCUUGAUUAUCAUGUUGCGAAAUACAUGAAGCUUCUUGGGAGUAGUGAAGAAAGUGAGAGAGUGGAGACCAUGGAAUUCAUUGGAUUGACUGCUUUAGUGAAUGUGGAGGAUGGGCAGAAAUAUGAGACGAUCUUUAGGGCUGGGUUGACCAAAGACACCGACCAAGUCCGUGUGAUGGGGGCGAACUGUUUGAUUGAUUUGUAUUUACUUUCGCAUAAGAAAGUAACGAACGAAAUUCGCGAGGAACUGAACGAUGCAUUACUCUCACUUGACGCCGAAUUUUCCGUUGACAUCACAAAGAAUAUCAUUCGGUUGUAUUUGAAUGGGGGAAUUGACAUUUCGGAGGAGAGAGAGGAUAUCUGCUUAGCGAAGACACUGAUGUCUAUGUUGAUUCGGUCACCAGAAGGAAGUGUAAUACGCGUUGUCUUGUACUCAUUCUUUGUGUGUUACUCAUUACGCGAGGAUGGGAUGAAAUUAUAUGAAAUGUGUUUGGAUGAAGCAGGCCCGGAGCUUGAAAAGAUCACAGAAGUUUAUGUCCCAAUGUUGGCCCAAGAGCAUUCGGAAGUCCACGAACACGUCUUGGAUAUGUGUAUCCAGCGCCUUGGUGUGUGGAGUAAAGACGAGGAAAAAUACCCGGACGAGACGCUUUCCACCUUGAUUAAUGUGUUUUACUUACUUGAUUACUCCGGCCGCACAAAAGAAAUGAAGGAAAUCGUCGUCGAUCGACUCAAAGUAAUUGAAACGCAACGGAAUUCUCAAAGACUCAAAGAGGAGUUGGACGAACUCAUUCAGCGGUUUGAGGAGUUGGAUUGA